CACAUGGUAGUUGCUCGCACAUGCACCAUAAUAACAUAUUCUUUUCUCUCCUCAUGCAUGGUCACAGCUGUGAUCACAAAUGCAUUCCCUCCCUGGUGACGAUAACCUUGUCGAUGGCUUCGGUGACAACAAUGACAAGGUCAGCGACAACGGUAAUGAAGACGAAGACGAAGACGAAGACGACGACGACGACGAAGAAGAAGAAGAAGAACAACAAAGAUGAAGCAGAAGGCGAAGACGACGGUGAUGACAAGGACAUCACCGACAUCACCGACAUCACCGACAUGGACGAUGACGAAGACGAGGACAACGACGAUGACGAGGAGGACGGCAAGUGCCACAAGGACAAGAUGAAGACGAAGACGAAGACAAAGGCGAAGACAAAGACGAAGACGAAGACGGCGACGACGAAAAAGAAGAAGAACAAAGAUGAAGCAGAAGGUGAAGACGACGGUGAUGACAAGGACAUCACCGACAUCACCGACAUGGACGAUGACGAAGAUGAGGACAACAAUGAUGACGAGGAAGACGGCAAGUGCCACAAGGACAAGGAUGACGAGGAAAAGGGAAGCAAGUUGUUGGUUGUUGUUGGUAAACCAACUAAAUGCAAUGUUCAAAGUUCAGCAAAUCAUCGACUUAGACCAGACAAUGAAGGAAGGAAAGGAGGGACAAGACUUGAAGCAGGAAAAUGGAUGAACUUCCGAGCACGACUGACUCCCGUGUAAAUAACAUUGAGAUUGGCGAGUCAAAACGAACCGUGGCGUAGCCCUACCGGUUUC